CGUCCUAUUUAGUCCAGACAUUUCCUGCUUCCUGACUCUUUCGCAGAUCUCCCAGCACACGCCCACGUGUUGUAAAGUGAGGCCCCUUUCACGGCGGAUCAGCAAAAGGGAACAAAGCUUUGGUAUGGAUCACUUCCUAGAUUUUUAGGUUGAGAAAGUGAAACUGCUCAUAUUCAGUGUCUCUCCGGGGGUGAAAUGGCGCAGCAGCAAAACCUGAUGGAUCAGAAAAAACUCUGCUGUUCGAUCUGUCUGGAUCUACUGAAGGAUCCAGUGACUAUUCCCUGUGGACACAGCUACUGUAUGAACUGUGUUAGAAGCCACUGGGAAGAACAGGAUCAGAAGAAAAUCUGCAGCUGUCCUCAGUGCAGACAGACCUUCCAACCGAGGCCUGCCCUGAUGAAAAACACCAUGUUAGCAGAUUUAGUGGAGGAGCUGAAGAAGACUGGACUCCAAGCUGCUCCAGCUGAUCACUGCUACGCCGGACCUGAAGAUGUGGCCUGUGAUUUCUGCACUGGGAGGAAGCUUAAAGCUUUCAUGUCGUGUCUGCAGUGUCUGGUCUCUUACUGUGAGCAGCACCUCCGGCCUCACUAUGACUCUCCUGCCUUUGAGAAACACAAGCUGGUCGACCCCUCCAAGAAGCUUCAGGAGAACAUCUGCCACCAUCAUGGUAAGGUGAUGAAGAUUUUCUGCCGAACUGAUCAGCAGUGUAUCUGUUAUCUCUGCUCCAUGGAUGAACAUAAGGAUCACCAUACAGUCUUAGCCUCAGCAGAACGGACCGAGAGGCAGGGAGAGCUCGGAGGGAGUCGACAGAAAAUCCAGCAGAGAAUCCAGGAGAGAGAGGAUGAUGUGAAGCUGCUCCAGGCGAAAGUGGAGGCUGUCAAUCGCUCUGCUGAUUUAGCAGUGAAGAACAGCGACAAGAUCUUCACUCAGCUGGUUCGCCUUAUCAAGAAUAGAAGCUCCGAUGUGAAGCAGCAGAUCAGAUCAAAGCAGAAAAAUGAAGUCAGUCCGGCCAAAGAGCUUCAGGAAAAGCUGCAGCAGGAGAUCACUGAGCUGAGGAGGAAAGACGCUGAGUUGGAGCAGCUCUCACACAUCGAGGACCACAUCCAGUUCCUAAACAACUACCCCUCACUGUCUCAAAUCAGUGAACCUACAGACUCACCCAGCAUCAACAUCCACCCUCUGCAGUACUUUGAGGAUGCGACAGCAGCUGUGUCAGAGGUCAGAGAUAAACUACAGGACAUUCUGAGUGACUUAUGGACCAAGAUCUUACUUACAGAAGCUAGAGUGGAUGUUUUCCUGCCACAAGCAGAGCCAAAGAGCAGAGCUGAAUUCUUACAGUAUUCAUGUCAAAUCACACUGGAUCCAAACACAGCACACACACGGCUGUUAUUAUCUGAUGGGAACAGAAAAGCAACAGUGGCGAGCGAAAAGCAGUUAUAUCCUCAACACCCAGACAGAUUCACCGACAUGUUUCAGGUCCUGAACAGAGAGAGUCUGAGUGGACGUCAGUACUGGGAGGUGGAGAGGAGAGCAAAUGAGGUUUCAGUAGCGGUCAUGUACAAGGACGUCAGCAGAGCAGGAUAUGAAAGUGGGUUUGGAAAUGAUGACAAGUCUUGGACAUUAGAGUGUUUCAGCAACACUUAUGCGUUCAGACAUAACAGUAUCAGCACUUUUAUCUCAGGCCCUCAGUCCUCCAAGAUAGGAGUGUACCUGGAUCAUCAUGCAGGUAUUCUGUCCUUCUACAGCGUCUCUGACACCAUGACUCUCCUCCACAGAGUCCAGACCACCUUCACCCAACCGCUCUAUCAUGGACUGGGUGUUUUUGGUUCAUAUGGUAGUGGAUCUACAGCUGAGGUCUGUAAGCUGGAGUAGAUCGUAGAGGCUGUGAGUCGAGGGCCUCUCAGAGACUUGACUUUGCCUUUUAGUUCAGCAAUUUGCCUGAAGAACAAGUACAGACUUCUUCCUUUUGAUGGAUCUGAUCCUUUAACUUUUUGUGUCAUUUGAUUCAAGGAACUGUAUGCCAGCAUUGUAUUGCCAUUAUCUAAACACAAUAUCGUGGUUUUGACUCAUGAGGUACUUCAGGGGCGUUUUGCAAUAAUUUCUGCGGCUGUAUGUCCUCCCUUGGAAAGCCAAAAUGCUGCCAAGAGUGUUGUUGCUGCCAUGUUUUCUUAUAUUACAUUUUGUCUAUAAUUUUUUGUUCCAGGACAUCUUAAUUAUGAGGAAGAAAACCAGCGAUUCAUUCAACAAUCCGUGGUUGUAUUUACACAAUGAGAGUACAAAUGUGAUUUAUGCCAAGAUUUGCACUAUACUCCAUCAAUGACAGCUCAGAGUUGUCGUUGUUCCUCACACUAAUGAUUUCUCUUGUUCCGUAUUGUAAAAAGUAAACCCGAUGUAUAGUGCAAUUAUUCCACCAUUUUCUGUAUGUGUAACUUUGUUUACAAUUUAACAGUGAUUAAAAACUGCUUUUACUAACAUAAUGUGUUCAACUACCCAUCCUAUAAUGAUCCUUUACUUCAUGUGAACAUUAGCACUUUCAUUUUAUAUCAAAUUCAGACGUUUGUGAUUUUGUUUUUACAUACCCGUUUUAUGAUCAAUGUUUACAAUUAUCAUGGAAAAGAGCGCAAAUAAACUUGAUAUUGUCAAUUUGGCUCUCUUGAUUUUGAUGCUCGCUUACACCAUGAACACUGUAAAACAACUGAAACUGAACUGAAAUCAGAAUUCUGUCAGACACAUACAGCACCUGUGCUCCAACACACUAACACUCAUGUAUCAUCAGUGGAGUCC